AGCUACACCUCAUUACAUCCGGUGGAUGAGGUCAAUCUUUCCCCAAAGAUCCGCCAUUUCAGCCUCUGAGUUUUAUAUUGCAAAUUACUUAAGAGAUUUAUUUUAAAACGCCUUGACAAAUAAAUUAUAGACUUCUGGUUGCAACAAUUAAUUCUUAAUUAAGGGGUUAACUGUAUUGUUUCGUGGGAGUCGGUGAAAUGUACAUAGAUGUAACGGUUUAAAGCGGUAUCGAUGCCAUGUUUUUUUCCCGGAGCGUGUUCCUUAGUGAACCAAAGUUUUUGUAUGAGUUGAAUCCCGAUUUCGAAUAGGGAGAGGCAAGGGGAAGGCCUUGGAUCCUCGGAGUGGAUUUGGAGCCAUGGCCGGGAAUUUUGAUGCCGAGGACCGUGCUAGCUGGUACUGGGGAAGGUUGAGCCGACAGGAGGCGGUUUCUCUCUUGCAGGGUCAGAGACAUGGCGUGUUCCUGGUCAGGGACUCGAUUACCAGUCCUGGGGACUACGUGCUAUCCGUCUCAGAAAACUCAAAAGUCUCACAUUAUAUAAUUAACAGCAUCAGCAACAACCGGCAAUCUGGAUCAGGUCUGGCCCCCCCGCGGUUCCGCAUCGGGGAUCAGGAGUUUGACGCCCUACCCGCCCUGCUGGAGUUCUACAAGAUCCACUACCUGGACACCACCACGCUGAUCGAGCCCAUCAGCAAGGCCAAGCAUGCGGGCUUCGUGAGCUGUGCCGCCGCUGCAUCGGGCGGCGCCCUGCAGGAGGCAGAGUUUGUUCGCGCCCUCUUCGACUUCCCUGGCAACGACGAGGAGGACCUGCCCUUCCGCAAGGGCGACGUCCUGCGCGUGCUGGAGAAGCCUGAGGAGCAGUGGUGGAACGCGGCCAACCAAGAGGGCCGUGUCGGCAUGAUUCCCGUGCCCUACGUGGAGAAGUACCGGCCUGCCUCGCCCAACUCCUUGGUGGCUCCGGCGGCAGGGAGGCCUGGCGGGGCAGGAGGAGUAGGCGGAGUACCGGCAGGUGUUGGAGGCAGCACUACCGACGGAGCAGCUCCCCAGCUGCCCCCGCCUCUGGGGGAGCCAGGUCAGUAUGCCCAGCCCGUGGGUAAUACACCCCUGCCCAACCUGCAGAAUGGGCCUGUCUACGCCCGUGCCAUUCAGAAGAGGGUGCCCAACGCCUACGACAAGACGGCCCUCGCCUUGGAGGUCGGAGACAUGGUAAAAGUGACCAAGAUCAACGUGAACGGCCAGUGGGAGGGCGAGUGUAAGGGCAAGCAUGGCCACUUUCCCUUCACGCACGUCCGGCUUCUAGACCACCAACACCCUGAGGAUGAGAGCUGAGAGACACACUUAGUCUCACUCCUCACUUCACAAAAUCCCUCUGUGAUCAUUUCUCACAAAUGAUAGAAAGAGCACACAGGAUAUACGGACUACAGUGGUCAGGAGUUGCAACUCAGCAGCUGUUGUUGCCAAUGGGGCUGGAGUACACUCCCCUCCCUUCACAUACACACACAGAAUAGAGUUUACACUUCCACCCCAGUAUUGAAGUCCUGAUACACGACACACAGCAGCGUUUAUGACCCCUCUCCCAUGUUAUCCACGAAAUCCUCCUCUACACGCAUACAUACACACGCACGCACACAAUUCAGAUACUUGUGUAUAUGUGGCGUCUCUCACAGACUCAUUGAUCACCCUUUUGUAGUAACGGACUGUGAACUUGGCAGUGAGAAUAGUAGCCAACCUGACUCCUAAUUUUGACUCCCUCUUGUGGAGACAGAUGCUCACUGCGACUGAAACCGACCAUUGCUGCACUUGACAGACAGCACGAGUUACCACAGCACACUCCACUACUCACUACAGGGGCUCUAACCCAGUCCCUCUCUGCUACAAACCCCACACUACAAACCCCCAAGUCCUCUUUUUGUACUGAAAUGAAAAAUAUUAUGAUAGAAUUAUGACAGGUACAGCAACUGCCAAAAGAAAGGAAACACUUGAGUAAAUGAUGGAUACAAAGUAUAUUGAAAGCAGGUGCUUUCACACAGGUGCUGUUCCUAAGCAAUUAACAUCGGUACAUGCUUAGGGUCAUGUAUAAAAUUGCUGGGCAGGCCCAGUUGCCCAUUAUUUUGGCUAACAUGGCUAUGCCCCCAUAGGAUGACAAUGCCCCCAUCCACAGAGCAUUAAUCGUCACUUAAUGGUUCAAAGAGCAUGAAAACGAUGUAAACCAUAUGACGUGGCCAUCUGUCACGAGAUCUCAACCCAAUUGUACACUUAUGCGAGAUUCUGGAGUGGCGUUUGAGACCACCAAAAAAACACAAAAUUAUGGAAUUUCUCAUGGAAUGGUGUCGCAUCCCUCCAAUAGAGUUCCAUCCUGAAACUUGCAUAAUCUAUGGCAAGGCACAUUGAGGCUGUUCUGGCUCAUGGUGGCACAACGCCCUAUUAAGACACUAUUGGUGUUUCCUUUUUUUGGGCAGUUAUAUAUAUAUAUAUAUAUAUAUAUAUAUAUAUAUAUAUAUAUAUAUAUAUAUAUAUAUAUAUAUAUAUAUAUAUAUAUAUAUAUAUAGUACAAGUCAAAAGUUUGGACACACCUACUCAUUCAAGAGUUUCUUUAUUUUUACUAUUUUCUACAUUGUAGAAUAAUAGUGAAGACAUCAAAACUAUGAAAUAACACAUAGAAUCAUGUAGUAACCAAAACGUGUUAAUUAAAUAAAUAAAAUAUAUUUGAGAUUCUUCAAAGUAGCCACCCUUUGCCUUGAUGACAGCUUUGUACACUCUUGGCAUUCUCUCAACCAGCUUCACCUGGAAUGCUUUUCCAACAGUCUUGAAGGAGUUCCCACAUAUGCUGAGCGCUUGUUGGCUGAUUUUCCUUCACUCUGCGGUUCAACUCAUGGGUUGAGGUUGAGUGAUUGUGGAGGCUAGGUCAUCUGAUGCAGCACUCCAUCACUCUCCUUUUCGGUCAAAUUGCCCUUACACAGCCUGGAGGUGUGUUAGGUCAUUGUCCUGUUGAUAAACAAAUGAUAGUCCCACAAAGCGUAAACCAGAUGGGAUGGGGUUUCGCUGUAGAAUGCUGUGGUAGCCAUGCUGGUUAAGUGUGCCUUGAAUCCUAAAUAAAUCACAGACAGUGUCACCAGCAAAUCACCCCCACACCAUCACAGCUCCUCCUCCAUGCUUCACGGUGGGAACCACACAUGCAGAGAUCAUCUGUUCACCUUCUCUGCGUCUCACAAAGACGCCGUUUUUGCGACUGCAUUUGAAACUUUCUAAGUUCUUGAAAUUUUCCGGAUUGACUGACCUUCAUGUCUUAAAUUAAUGAUGGACUGUAGUUUCUCUUUGCUUAUUUGAGCUGUUCUUGCCAUAAUAUGGACUUGGUCUUUUACAAAAUAGGGCUAUCUUCUGUAUACCAACCCUACCUUGUUACAACACAACUGAUUGGCUCAAACGCAUUAAGAAGGAAAGAAAUUCCACAUAUUAACUUUUAAGAGGGCACACCUGUUAAUUGAAAUGCACUCCAGGUGACUGCCUCAUGAAGCUGGUUGAGAGAAUGCCAAGAGUGUGCAAAGCUGUCAUCAAGGCAAAAGGUGGCUACUUUGAGGAAUCUCGAAUAUAAAAUAUAUUUUGAUUUGUUAACGACUGCUUUGGUUACUACAUGAUUCCAUAUGUGUUAUUUUAUAGUUUUGAUGUCUAGACUAUUAUUCUACAAUGUAGAAAAUAGUAAAAUACUUUUGACUGGUACUGUAUAUAUAUCAUUACAUGCUAAAUAUUAUGUUAAAUGUUUUGUUUUUUCGUUGCCCUGUGUGUGAACAGACCCUCACGCUUUGUGUGGUCACUGUUAUGCGUCUAUCUGAAACAGUAUGAUGACUGUGUCUGGGGAGGAAGUGGAGACAUUCCUUAGGACUGUCAGGUAUCGGGCCUUCGUCCAGUCCACCUCAUUGUUUUGAGAAAUGGUCAUAUAAGGAGGGUAUACAAUGGCCAGACAAUGACAGAAAAGUGUAAAUACACCAACACUGCCCUCUCUCCUCUUACUUUGAUUUUCCCAGUCCCCUCCUCUCCCAUCCUGUCAGUCUCCUCCACCUGUCUCAUUCAUUUGUUACAUGGUGUGAUCCAUUUCCUCCCGGACCUCCCCUAUGCUAAAGACACUAGAGGCACCUACAGAGUACAGUUAUGUUUCAGUGUACAUAAAGGACUUUUGGCAGAUGGAACCUGUUAACGUCACAUUUGAAAUGAUGCAGACUUAGUCCCCAGCACUGUGAUGCAGAAGUUCACAUUGUCACACUCAACAGAAAGCCGCAGCCUUAAUCCUUUGGUGUCUCCCCUAGUUUCCCUCCCACGUGGUCAUAGCAAACACACAGUAAAUAUACAUACACGUUUUUAAGUUGACUGAAUUCAUUGUUUCUGUCAGCUACGUUUCAACUUGGAGCUCUUAGUUCGGUCUGGGUUGUAUUCAGUAGGGCACAAUGUUGAAAGUGUUUUAAAAAGUUAUGCAACAGAAAACAAUAUUGAAUGUUUCUUAUUGGACAGGUUUGGGUAGUACCUCCCCCGUUUCGAAACCUUUCCUCCCGACUGAACAUGACCACGUUAAUUUCCCUAGUGUCUCCCUUAGUGCCAAUUUAUCAUCCUCUCACCCAGUACCUACCCUCUGGGCACAGUUAUGGCACAUCCAGCCACUGACGUGCCAGAUACACCGCAGUAUGCUAAAAGUCCUCAUAGGAUGACUACACUACAUUGCUAAAGGACUGUGUGGGUGAAAGGCACAUAGCCACUGAUCGAUCAUAGUAACAUGGGUGGGUGUAUUGACCAAUCGUAGGCACAUGUGAGUGUUUUAGGCCAAUCAUCGUCAUUUGGGGAGGGUCUGUUUAUUUUGUCCUUUCUACCUCAUCUGAAUUGUUUUAAUUGAUGUUAAUUGUCUUUCCGAAAUAGGAAAAUAACAUGACCUGAAGUGCCAGGCUCAGUUCAUCUGUAUUUUUGUGGAAAUGUUGGUAGAUUUUAUUUCCUUAUUUUUUGGGGUUGUUUUUUUUGCCAACCGAACAAUUAUAGUCCAAACACUCCUUACUCCCUCAACUAUACCCUGUGGUAUUAUUGUGUAAAUGUGCAUAGUUUCUUAUCUUUCCCAACAGUGUAAGAACUUACGUUCCUUCCAAGUCAAUGUCUAUGAAGCUGCAAGGCUUUUUAAUAAUACUAAGAGUGAGAAUAUUAAUUACAAGCCCUGUGUAGAUGUUUUCUAUGUUAAAGUUUACAAAGACACUACCGUUGCUCUAUUGAAGGCAGCACUGAGGGCAACCUGCAUAACUUGUGUUGACUGCAGCAUCAUUGUAUUUAUGAGACAAUGAACAGUUAAAAUGUGUCUGUAAAAGUUUGAAUGGUUUUAUGCUCUGUAUGUGAUAUAAACAUAGUUCAGUGACGGGAGGAGUAGUACGGCAAGAGGAUGAUUGAACUAUGACACAUUACAGAAAGCACCAGGGUUGUGUUCAGUAGGGUACAAAGUAGCAAAAUGUUUUGCGAAGGGGGUAAAAAAAAAAUGUUCUUACUGGUCAAGUUCAGGUAGUAGGCUACCUCCCAGUUUCACUGUUUUGUUUUCUCCCUACUGAACCAGACCACAACCAGACUCGUGUUGCCCCUGUUAAAUAAUAUUUCUAUAUGUUUUAAUGAAUUAGAAAUUAUGCAAUCUGUAUUUAGCAAUGACAGAGAAAGAUUUACACAAAUAAAUGAAUGACAAACUCAAACUGAAAAUAUGACAUUAAACUGCCUGACAGAGUUCCCCUAUUGCAUAACUUUGAAUUAUUUGUUUAAGUCAAUACUGCAGAUUGGGAAGGGUAUGUGGACAUGCACCUGGCACCUCUCAUUUUCCCUUUCUAGUUUUCUUGAACUCUGUUGUCAAUACUGUUUGGAUUUCUUGAAAGGAAACAAAUAAUUGAUGUGCUUUCUGUUGGUCUUUGGCUUUUUAUGUUGUCCUCUGGUAUGGCACUGAUGGGUAUGUAUUUUACCAUUAUGUUCAUAGUGUAAGAAGUUGUACUUUGUUUGGUGAACAUUGCUCAAAUGGUCUCGAACAUUUCCCACCAACACCAUUCUGCAAUCUGUUGCCAGUUGAGCCAGGUCCUGUUGUGUCUGUUGUACUUGCAUGUUGCAUCCAGUGACACCCGUCUGUCAUCCAACCAUCUCAGGCUUGCCUUGAAGAGAAGAGACUGUCUCCAUUUCAUAGAGGGCCAUGAUCAUAUGAUACCGUUUUGUCUAGUGGAGUAUAGGCCAGUCAGGUGAAGCAACUUUCGCCCUUGGACCAACGAAUACUUGGAUUUUAAUGAGUGAUUUUAAAAUGGUGUCCUUUCACAAACAUUUUUCAACGUUGAAUCCCUUUUCUGCACCUUAUCUCUUAUUUUGCCUCUGUUACUGAUGAUAGUUUUUUUUUAGCCUCAUCAUCAUUCAUGCCAAACUGUUUUCAUUCUUCUGUAUUUUUGUACCAGGUAAUUCCACAGAAACUGAAUUACGCUGAGACUCUGGUUUAAAAAAUAAAUAAAAAAUAUGCCAAACAAAAAACAUUUAUUUAAAAGUUUAAUAAAAAACCAUAACUAUGCACAAUGACUAAUUUGAACAGUAAAUUACAAACAAAAAAAUUACAUUUCCUGGAAAAACUAUCUGCACAGUUCUUCCUGUAAAUAUUUUUUGUAAAAAUGUAUAAGUAGUCAUUGUGCAUAGAGUUUGUAUGGUUAAACUUUGAAAUUAACGUUUUUUUUGUUUGGUAUACAUUUUUAAAGUGAAAUCUCAGCGUAAUUCCAUUACAUGAAAUUGCUCGAUCCCAAUUACAAUUUUCCUUUCGUGCCAUCCCUUUUUCUUUUGAAGAGGACAGGAGUGGGUGAAAAUAUAAAUAAUUGAUUUUAAGAUGUUCCAUUGUGAUAUAACACUAUUAUUUGGAGUUCACAUUUUACCUUUUAUUUUCUGUAGCAUGUAAUGUGUUAAUAUCCUUAGUAAAUAAAAACCUAUUACAAUUGUG